AUGGGCGAUGAUCCUGGCAAAUCUAACGUUCGGAAACAUGCGUUCCAGUGGUACUCCAUUGAUCUUGGUCCCCGGACUUUUUGGAACAAAAGAAAACUGGAUUCGUGUGGGAAAGGAAUUGUCCCAACGUCUCGGAUGUAUGGUAUUCGCGGUGGAGAAUCGGAAUCAUGGGGGCAGUUCGAUGGCACGUCAAUGACAUAUCCAGAAAUGGCUGAUGAUUUGGUUGGAUUCAUCGAUUGGGUUCGGAAGAUCACUGGAGAGAAACAAGUGAAUUUACAUGGGCAUUCGAUGGGCGGGAAAACGGUUGCACAGUUGGCAACCACUCCUGAAUAUGCUCCAAAAAUCAAGAAUCUGAUUGUCGAGGAUAUGAGUCCAUUGGGUUAUCCGUUGAAGAGAGCUGAAUACUUGGACUGCAUCAAACACAUGAUUGCCACUGAUAUGAACAAGACUCGUGAUGAGGUGUUGGCGGAACUCGGGGAGAAGGUCUCAAAAGUGCUUCUCUAUCAAUUCGUUCGCGGAAAUUUGGGUGAAGAUGUCAAUGGAAAAGCCCAGUGGACGUGUAAUUUGAAUGUGAUCGAUGAGACAUACAUCUAUCUUCUCUCACAUGACAUUCGUUUCGGUGUCUUCGAUGGACCAACGCUUUUCCAACGAGCCUCGGGCUCUGGAUUCCUUCCAGCUGCUCACAAGAAUCGCGUGAAGAAGAUGUUCCCGAUGGUGAAAUUCGCUGAAACCGCCUGGUCGAAUCACUGGAUUCACGCCGAUGAUCCGAAAUUCUUUGUCGACUCGAUUUGCGACUUUUUGGAAGAGCCAAAGGAGUUGGGUGGACUUGGACAGACUUUGGGAAUUUGA